AUGCUUCGCGUACGUCGUGGAGUAGGUGCUCCUGUCAAUUUUGCGCACCUCUGCCGACCUUAUAUGCGAUGCCCGCGGCAAUGUACUAUCUCACGAUCGUUUGCGACCGAGACCAACCCGGACGAAGUCUCGAAGACCUCAGCAGAAUCUAAACACAAUAUUGAAAAUGUUCGGAAGCGUCUCAAGGCUUCUUCAGCGAAACUUCAGUCUAGCAUCAAGAGAAUCGAGAAGCAGGCAAAAGAAGCUAAGAUACCGGACGAAGUGAAAGACCAAAAAGAUGCCAAAGCGAAAGUGAAAGGUUCUCGGAAGGCUACGAGCAAACCAAAAUCUAAUGAUCCCAACUUCAACGAAACGUUAGAUGUGGUUCGGAGAGUCUAUGGUGUCGAAGAUGCAAAGGGCAAGAAGAAGAAGGGAUCCAAGCCCAGCAACACAAAGGCCAACACAAAGGCCAACUCGAAGGCCAACUCGAAGGCCAAGGGCUCGAAAGCUCAGAACCCUGGUGUAGCGCAAGAAACGACUGAAGAAAGUAACGCAGGCGAAGAAUCAUCACAGGCAGUUGGCCAAAAAGCCAGUGUUUGGACAUCACUUCGAGAAAAGUUGCAACAAGCAGGGGCUACAGAAUCCUCAAAUUCCUUGGACAGAUCCCAAGGGGACCCGACAGCUGCCUACCUCCAUGAUGGUCAACACGUUCUCGGGAUUGGCGAGACUGGCGAGACAGGACCCGAACCCUCCAGUGAAGAGGUCGACCCAAAGGCCAAGCCCACGCCACAUGUACACACCAUCACUCCCAGGGAUUUGAAAAUGAAGCCAGUCGAAAAGCUCGCGCAUAAGGUACCUCAUCUUGCUUACAAUCUGGACAAAGUUCUCUUCAACCACGGGCCUUACCAGCUUCAAGACCAGCGUACUCGAACCUACAAUUUUGACCCAUACCUUGGGUCAAUCAUGCCUGUGAAGGAAUUUGAUUUCGAUGCUUUAAAGGAGUAUGUAACAUCUUCUAAGGACACUCGGUUGACAGAUCUCGCUGCCAAGUAUCACAUGAAGUACUGUGGUUCAACUUCAAGCAUGACAGCCAUGCUAGCCCACUUCCACUUUCUUCUAUCAAGCUGGAGACGCCCCAACUUCGAACAUUUAUCCCGUUCUUUCAAGGUCGAGUGGGAAUCAUACACAUCACUAACCCGAGGUCCUGCUGCGGCGUUUGCUCGCUACAAAGAUGGCGUGUAUGCCAUUGAUGCCGACAAGGAGUUUGACACUGCAAGUGUACUCAGCAUGCUCGGAAAAUCGAUGGAGAAGCUUCUUACCUUACCGAAACCUCAUUUCGAGAAGUACAGGAAAACCCGCUCGCAUGAGCUUUCCGACGAGGAGAAGAAUGCCGAUGAAGCAUUUCACUAUACUACUAUGGGUGAUUUUAUGAUGCGUUCGCAGCUUGACGCUCAUGAUCCACGCCUUCCUGGCACUGGAAUGUUUGAUCUGAAAACUCGUGCAGUCGUUUCCAUUCGAAUGGAUGUAGGGGAUUACGAAAAGGGUGUUGGUUACGAGAUUCGCAAUCGCUACGGCACUUGGGAAUCAUUCGAGCGGGAGUACUAUGACAUGAUCAGAGCAGCAUUUCUGAAGUACUCUUUACAAGUGCGUAUGGGACGAAUGGAUGGUAUAUUUGUGGCCUUUCACAACACGGAACGCAUAUUUGGCUUCCAGUAUAUCAGUCUCGAAGAGAUGGACAACGCUCUCCAUGGAACAAUGAACCGUAAACUCGGAGAUCAGGAAUUCAAAGCCAGUGUCAAACUUCUAAACGAGCUCCUGAACAAAGCGUCAGAGCGGUUCCCCAAGCAGUCACUUCGACUACACAUCGAAACCCGGCCGACGGACCCUCCUCUCACUUACUUCUUUGCCGAACCUGUUAGUGAGGAAGAAAUGCGGCGGACACAGGAGAAGGGCAAAGCAACCGUUGAAAAGCUAGAAAGGGAGAUCCUCGGUAUGUCACGCGAUGAGAACAAGAAGGAAGAUGCCGACUUGACAGACGGCAUUGCGCUUCAAUCUGAGCAUGAGGAGGUCGACGCAGAGGAAUCUUCAGAGGUAGCGUCCAUUGACGACACCCAACGACAGAAGUCUUGGAAUGAGAUGAUGGCCAAGGUUGACCAGACCGUGGAGAAUGACGCUGCCGGUUUGCAGAGCGUGAGGGAAGCCAUUGAGCAAGCACUUGAACAGAGUGGCCUGCUUGCUGGGAAGUCUGAACAGGAGAGGAACACAUAUCUCACCGAACUUGUCGAGGCUUUAGCCGCGGAGUUGAAGGAUGACAAGGUUGUCGAUGAAAUUGACGACACCCAGCAGACGAACCCGGCAGUAGAGGAAUUGGAGGGUGCUGCUGGGUCUCCUGUUGAAGCUAGUGAAUCUUCUACGGAAGCCAAGUCAGAGCUCGAAGCUGAAGCUACCGGAUCGGAUAUGGCAACGCCUGCAAGUUUGACUGAAGCCAACGAGACUGCGGCUGAGGGCGGAGCUGUGGAAGAAGCACCUGUCGAGAUGGAUGGUGAUGGUGGAAACGCCGCAUCAUCGACUGUCGACAGUUAUACUGAUGCUUCUCUCACGGAUCUCAUCCUUAAGGUUGCCCAGGGCGUCGACAACAGAAUGAAGAACUUGGGAACCUUUGAGCGAGUCCUGUCAGGGUUGGUGCAAGACCAGAAACAGCCGAGCAGCGAAGUUGACGAGGUCGACGAGGUCAAUACCACCCAAUCCGGAACAGACCUGCCUUCGUCGACAGAAAGAGCUGAACCUGCCGAGGAAGACUCCACAAAGCCUAAAAAGGAAAUAUUCGGUGUCUACGUUACAGUCCUCAACAAGGUCGAUGGCCAUGUGGUUCAACGCGUUGAUAGCGAUAGGCUGGGAGAAGAGCCUAUGUGGGACGUGGAGUACACCUUUACAGAACUUCCAAAUGAGCGGGCGUGGAGAAUCUUGAACCAGCUCAAGGGGCGUCGCAGGAGGGCACUAUCGGUAGCCCCCAAGAAUCGCGACAGGAGUUGGCACACUAUGUGGGGAGGAACUCUGCCCAAACGCACUGCGGCUGGGAGGAAAUUCAGGACGACCAUGUCAGAGAGGGAGGCAAAGCUCGGUAUUCAAACUGCAUGGGAGCGUAACGUGGUCUCUAAACGGCGACGUAUGCCUAAAGGUGUGAACAGCGAUCGGUCGACAAAGAAGGUCUCUGUGAAGAAGAGAAAGGACACGAAGAAGGAUUCAUCAAAGAAGGAUUCAUCAAAGAAGGAUUCAUCAAAGAAGGAUUCAUCAAAGAAGGAUACAUCAAAGAAGGAUUCAUCAAAGAAGGAUUCAUCAAAGAAGGGGUCGUCUAAGAAGAAAGACUCGCCCAAGGAGAAGGAUUCGACUGAGAAGAAGGACUCCUCUGAACAGAAGAGCUCUGAACAGAAGGACUCGACAGAAAAGAAAGAGUAA